UCAAAUGUAUAAUAUGAAUUUGAAUAGCUAUCCAUUCUGAUAAGAAUAGUAGUUUUAAGUACACGCAAGUUGAACGAAUAUGGUGUAAACGUCUUAUCAAGAUAAUAUAAGGUUCGUCUAAACUAUUCGCUCUGUUUGUAAAAACGUGGACGUACAAUGUCUUCAAGUAAAGGGUUAAUCGAAAGACUUCAAAAUGGAGGAUGCAUUAUUGUUGCGGAAGGAUAUCUUUUUGAAUUCGAGAAUAGAGGUUAUUUACAAGCUGGUGCAUUUGUACCGGAAGUGAUACUUGAGCAUCCGGAACGCGUGAGACAAUUACAUGAAGAAUUUGUUCAUGCUGGAAGUGAUGUUGUUUUAGCUUUUACGUACUACGCACAUAGAGAAAAGCUACGUGUGAUUGGCAGGGAGGGAGAUUUGGAUAAAAUCAAUAGAACGGCAUUACGAAUAGCGCGUGAAGUUGCGGAUAAACAUGGGUGUCUUAUGGCGGGAAACAUAUGUAAUUCAACGGUUUAUGUCACCGGAGAUGAUGAAUCGCAUAAGGUCACAGAAAGCAUGUUUAAGGAGCAGGUAGAAGUUGCUGUUGAGAUGGGAGCAGAUUAUAUUGUUGGUGAAACGUUCUCAAGCUUCGGUGAGGCGAAGUUAGCUCUAGAUUGUAUACAUAAGUAUGGUAAAGGUGUACCAGCGGUUAUAACACUGUCUGCAGUAACCAGUGAAGUGUGUGUAGACGGCGUGACUGUUAUCGAUGCCUGCAGACGGUUACAAAAGGCCGGAGCAGCAGUUGUGGGGUUGAAUUGCGGACGUGGUCCUGCAACUAUGCUUCCGGUCUUAAAAGGAAUAGUAGAAAAUUGUAAAGGUCCGAUUGCUGCACUUCCGGUUACUUAUAGGACAACCUCAGAGCAGCCUACAUUCCAUUCGCUGACCAUACCAGGCACAAGUAAUAUCCGGGCUUUUCCAACUGAUCUUUGCGCAUGCCGAUGCAGCCGUCAGGAGAUUGAAGCAUUCGCCAUCGAGUGUCGUAAAAUCGGGAUCCAGUAUGUUGGUCUUUGUUGCGGCAAUUCAGCAAGUUUGAUUCGAAUUGUUGCAGAAAAAUACGGUCGUACCCCACCCGCUAGCAAGUACUCGCCGGAUAUGACGAAUCACUAUAUUUACGGCGACAAGUCUAAAUUUAGAAAGGAAUUCACGGAAGAUAUGAAAGCGCAUAAAGGAUAAACUUUUAUGUAAGCCUUUCAAGGUACAGACGCGGCAAUCUGAAUUGUUUCAGCUUUGUGUCAUUGUUUCAUGUCCAGGUUGAGGAUUUAAUCAUGUACAGUAUUUGGAUUCAUUUUGAUUGAAGUAAAUUUUACUGCUUAAAUAAACAAAUCACAAACACAUUUAUAAUAAGACAGUUGUUAUCACAAAUGCAACCAUAUAUUUCAUAUGAAUUUGGCUACAACCAACUUAUUCACAUUGAUUGUAUUUCAUUGCAAUGCAAUAAUCAUUUAUUACUUUAAAUACGGCUUUCAUAAUGUCAAUGAUAUCUAACUCAAAUAAAUUACUAGUAUCCUGUA